GUGGAAGGUGUUGUUUGUUCUUAUUUCUAUUUUCCACGAAAACUUUGUGCCUAAAACGAUGAUCGGUUGCGGAAGAAUAGUGGCUCUUUUGAGUGCGGUAAUCGCCUUGUCAUCGUACGCAUCGGCCUUUUUCUGGGGCUCAUCACAAUCUAGUCCGUCGCAACCGCAGUACUACUACCACAAACGGCUACUUCAGGGUCCGACUUUGUACUCGGUGGCGGAGACAGAUGUGAAUCAGCAGUACCCUGUGCCCACCGUCCCGGUUCAGGUGCCUCUUCAGGCGCAGUUCACACCUACGGGCAUCCGCAACGUUCAACUCGUGCCCUGCUUAUGUCCCGUGUCCCAGGAGUACCCAGACGGCGGCGAUAAGGCAACCACCGUCGACAAUUUCUAUGCCAAUCUGCCCUACCAACCAACAGCGCAAAACACCAAUGCAGGACAGAACAAAAAAUAAUUAUGAAAUAAUAUUUAUUUACUAAUUCUCCACUCGGGUAGUUAAACUACUCUAUGUCAUGUUUUAUUUAUUGUAAAUUAUUAUUUAUUGAAUGUAAAUAACAGCCAAAGUUAUUUAUCGAACUUAAACAGUUACUUGACACUAUAUUAUGUAUUUAUUUUAUAAUCAGGAUUUUAAGACUGCA